AUGGCAAGCGUCCGGGCAUUGCUCCCGCCCACCGACAAGGGCUACUUGCCCGUCUUUCUCUUCGUCUCAGCGGUGGCCGCCGCCUAUAGCACGAUCGGGUCUUACACGUCAUUGUCGGCCACCCGUCGGAUUUACAACGGUCUGUUUGUGCCGCGAGUCUCGUCUUCGACCUCAACCACCCCCGAUGACAGCGUGUCUCAGCUCGUACCUGUCGCCGGUGACGAUAGACAAGCCGCCAAAGCCAAGGACCAGGUCAACCCCUUGGCCGGCCGACUCUUCGGCGUCUAUACCUUCGUUGCCGGCCUGCUCCGCAUCUACGGCGCCUACCAUGUCGAGAACCCCGUGGCCUACCAGCUAGCCCUGUGGGGGUAUGUGGUGGCCGCCGUGCAUUUCACCAGCGAAUUGCUCGUCUACAAGACCAUUCGAUUCAACGGGCCUCAGGGCAUUCCUUUUGUGUUUGCGUCUAGUGGUGUGUUGUGGAUGCUUCUGCAGUAUGACUACUAUACUUCGAGCUACUAG